AUGAUGUUUGAGUAUACAAGUGAUUAUUUGGCUAAAAAGUUAAGAGAAAACUGGUUAACACGUAGUUCUGAAGAAUCUGUAUUCAAUGGACAAGAACAAGAUGAUUCUCUGACUAAUUUGAAUUGGUUACAGACUUUAAAUAUUCAUGAAUUGGCUUCUACGGGUCAACCACUUUCUCCACCUUCUACGCCUCCUUUACCCUUGUCAGGUUCAUUACUGUCCAACGGGUCACUUCUACCGACAGUGAUAAAUUCAUCACAGAAAAUCUAUUCAUCAAAAUAUCCUAUAGAUAAUGUAAAUAAAGCAAUCUCUUCAAUAGAAAUACAGAAUAAAUUUAAUUGUACAUCUGAUACAGCUUUAAAUCAACCGGUUACAAAUUUGUCUAAACAUGCUACGUUGAAUAGCACUACUGAUAGUGACAAUCAUAGUAGUAGUAGUAGUAACUGUGGUAUACGUUGUGUAAAUAGACAAUUGAAACAUUCACCUUUACGAUGUAACAAUAACCUAUUGAAUUUCAAUGCAAGUUCUAAUUCGCUUCAAUGUAAUUCGAAUACAUCUGAAUCUACUGUUAUCGAUAAUAACACUGGUGCUUCAAAUACUAUUAAUUCUAUUCGAAACUAUUACGACAAUACUAAUGCUAUCUCCCGUUCAAAAUUACCAUCAAAUUUAAAUCGCCCAGCGUCAAUAAUUAAUCCUGUUUUUAUUAAUAAUAAUGAUCAACGUUCUAAUAAUGGUGUCAUUUGUGAUAAUGAAAUACGCGUAAAUACAAAUUAUGCUAUGAAUUACAUUAAUAACUAUAAUAUUAAUAAUUCAUAUCACUCUUUAAAUCGUCGUCAUAAUAAUAAUCCCUUGAAAAUUGGACAUCAUUAUUUACAAGCAAAUAGCGUACAAAGAAUAUUUCAAAAUGAUAUUUAUCCAUUAAAUUUAAAAGAUAUAAAUUUGCCAGUUCAUUUAAACACUAACAAUACAUUGAACGCCAAUGUGAGCAGUCAUAAUUUAAAUGAGAUAACAGAAAAGAAUCAAACAUUAUUUCAAAAUUAUGAUGAAAUCAGCUUUCAAGAAAAAGAUAAAUAUCGUUAUGAUGUCAACUGUAAACCAAUGUUCAAGUGUUCAACCCUUAUUUAUAUGGCUAUGAAUUCAUUGAAAAAGAAUAAAAUAACAUUGAAUGAUAUAUGUCAAUGGAUUCAAGUACAUUUUGCAUUUUAUCGUAAUUUAAAAGAUAUACACUGGCAAGAUGUAAUUCGUCAACAUCUCACACUUAACCGAUGCUUUCAACGUGUCCCAAGGCGUAAAGAAGAACCGAAUGGUCGUGGUGAUUUAUGGCGUAUUCAUCCAGAACUACAAAAUCAAUUAAUACAGAAUAAAAUUCAUAAGAAAUAUUUACAAUUAUGGCAAAAUAGUAAUAAUAAUAAUAAUAUAAUAUCUAAAUUACCUGAUUUACUAGAUUUUGUUGAACAACAGACAUCUACUACACCAAAGUCAAUGUCAGCAUCACUGCAAUCGGAGGAUAUGUAUCAAAGCAUUAAUAGUGAUUCAUCUUCAAUCCAAGUCAAUGAAUCCUACGAAUUAUUAGAUAACCUUUAUGACAAUUUAAAUGAAUGCAUGAAGAAGCGUAGACGAAUUAGCUCUUCCUAUGAUGCCUUUAUAGAAAAUUACAAUAGUAAUUAUAGUGACAAUAAUAUUAAUAAUACAAUUUUAAAUGAUAUGACAAAAUUACCUAUGAAUAGCAUCUCUAAUGAUAUAACAUCACAAUCGAAUUCUAGUUCAUCUCCAGCACUAUCCGAUUUGUAUACAACACCGACGACAACAGAUACAACACCCCCACCGGAAUUACUACCUGAAGAUACAUCACCAGCCUUGUUGUUGGAAAAUGAAUACUAUCUGAAUGCUUUCGGUGUAAGCGAUCUCGGUGGUGAUGUUAACGGUUGCGGUGCUGAUGAUGUUGAUGAUGAAUUAUUAAGGAGUGAUGCGUUACACCAUUCGUGCAGCGUGUAUAACACCUCACCACCAAAAUUAAUUGAACAAGAAACAUGCGAUGAUUUGGAUGCAUUAUUCCCUGAUAGCGGAGAUGAUCCCUAUCAUAAUCACGAUGAUGAUGUUUGUAAUAAUGUCUGUGAAAUUGAAGAAACACACAAAUCUGAUGAACAAAGUAUCAAUAGUAUUGAUUUUAUUCCAUCUAAAAUGAAAUUAAACGAGUUAGAUAAUAGAAUAGUUGUAGAAUUAUCAAAAGCCAGUGGUUUGAAUGAUAUACCUCCAUUGGACGAUCUGGUUGAUCCACUCGACUUAACUAUACGUGGGCAUGGCGUCAAAUAUACACCUGAUUGGUGGUCAAAUAAUUUAACUGAAUCAAUGACUAACUUUAUUAAUGGCACAUUAAGCGGUCGUGGCGGUGGUGGUGAUGGCAAUGUUACUGGAGAUGAAAACAUCGUAGGCGAACAUGAAGAUGUUGAGAAGAUCAGUGAUGAUGAUGAUGACGCAAUUACAUCGUCUAUUUUCUCAUUAACAAAUGAUGAAAUGCCAUUACCGUUAGAGUUGACUGCGGCAGCGGUAGAAGAAGCGUCACUGUCAUCGUCAACGUCAUUAAGUCCUUGUCAGGUGACAUCUUCAGGUUCAGCAUUGUCAUUACCAUCGACAACAGGAAUACAAUCUACACCACCAGUAUUAAUGACUAUCCUGCCUGAGUGCGAUGAUGUCACCAGUGAUUUCAUAAAACUACCAACAUCAUUACAGGAUUAUGCAUUUUUCAGUAAUAAUAUACCGUUGACUACUACUAAUAAUAAUACUACAACAAUAGGACAUCAUGAGAACGCCCUACUCGAGAAUCCACUUGAUGACAAUGAUCACCUCCAACAACAUAUCCAACAUCAACGUUGGAUUGAAAAUGAAGUAAAUCUUGACGAUCUUGAUAAUAUUCUUGGACUUUGUUAA